AUGUCUGGAAAGCUUGUGGCUUGGAUAAUAUCCCUCCUUCAACACAGGGAUUGGAUUGGUUCUCUUGGUGUAAAACCUUUGGGGCUUCUCAUGGGAAUAUUAUCUUUGUCGUGUUGUGGGUUAUCUGGUUUUGGUGGUCUUAUUCGUAAUAGUUUUGGAUCCUUUCUUGGAGGGUUCUAUGGUGUGAAAUCUCAGGCUAGUAUUCUAUAUGCUAAGAUCAUGGUUAUGCUUCAUGGUUUAGAGUUAUGUUGGGAUAAAAGAUUCAAACAUGUCAUUUGCUUUUUGGAUUCCCUACAAACAGUUACUCUUGUAAAAAAUGGCGUCUCACCACAUCAUAAAUUUGCGAAUGAAUUCUUUAGCAUCCAUCAACUUCUAGAUAGAGACUGGAAUGUUGUUAUUAAUCACACGCUCCGGGAAGGGAACGCGUGCGCUGAUAUGCUCGCUAAAAUGGGAGCUAACACUAUCUCUCCCCUUGUGAAGCUUGUUGUGCCUCCUUCUGAGUUGUCUCCCCAUCUCUUUGCUGAUGCAUGGGGCGUGACUUUUGUUAGAGAGUAG